AGGCACCCGGAACGCCUCCAUAGAUCCUCCGAGGUGGAGGUCGGCCUGCACAAAGGCGGGGGAGGGGUUCUCCCACGAUAUCAGAAUCGCGGAGAGGGCGUUUGCGAUCUCGAACUAACAUUACCCCUCACAUGGAUCGUCUGGGCUAACGGAGUUGACGUGACAGUUUGGGUCCUGCUGUCCUUGUGUAGACCGUAUAUCCGCCCCAAUAAAAGUAUUCAAAUAGAAGGUGGAGCUUGGAGUCCUCUUGCUUCCGAGUGUCGUUUUAAAAGUCGCUGGCCCUUCCGACAUCUCGGUUAUUUGACCUUCAAUUCCUAUCUUCCUUCUUUUCUCCUACCUAUCAUUCCUACUUGAAAAUAUACGUCCAUUGGAAAUUUCGCAACCAUGUCUCCCUCCAAAGUCAGUGUCGACUUCACCAAGUUCUACAAUAUCGUCGACGGCCAGAAGAGAUCGGCAGCGACUCAGCAUCAAGGUAUCAACCCCGGCACGCAAGAAUCCCUUUGGGACGUCCCCAUUGGAACUCAGCAAGAUGUCGACGAUGCUGUCGCCGCUGCCCAAAAGGCGUUCAAGAGCUGGUCGGCUACCUCAAUCGAGAAGAGGACGGAGUUGAUCAACAAGUUUGUCGAGGUCUUUGCCCAGUAUACGGAUGAGAUGAUCCAGCUUGUGCAAAAGGAGACCGGCAAACCCAAACAAUUUGCCGCUCAAGAAGUCUCGGGCGUUGGCAUAUGGGCCGCAACCACGGUGACCCAUAAAUUGCCAGAGGAGAAAUUUGAAGAUGCUGAAAAAGUCGUGACCACUCGCUAUACUCCGCUGGGCGUCGUCGGCGCCAUCUGCCCUUGGAACUUCCCUGUCCUCCUCGCCGUCGGAAAGGUUUUUGCGGCAAUCUUCACGGGAAAUACCAUCAUCGUGAAGCCUUCUCCAUUCACUCCAUACAGUGCCUUGAAGAUCAUCGAGAUCGCACAGCAGGUCUUCCCCGCCGGUGUUAUCCAGGUUAUUGGUGGCGACGACAAACUCGGCCCAAUGCUGACCACCCACCCUGGUAUCGCUAAGAUCUCCUUCACGGGAUCCAUUGCUACGGGAAAGAAGGUUAUGGAAGCUGCUUCCAAGACCUUGAAGCGUGUCACCCUUGAACUGGGCGGCAAUGACGCUUCUAUCAUUCUCCCUGAUGUCGAUAUUGAGAAGGUCGCUCCGCAGGUUGCAUUGGGUGCGUUCGUGAACUCCGGCCAAGUCUGCGUCGCUACCAAGCGUAUCUACAUCCACCAGGACAUCUAUAAGCCGUUCGUUGAGGCCAUGGUCAAAUUCACCCAGUCCCUCAAGGUCGGCAAAACCGACGACGAGGGUGUCUUGCUCGGCCCCAUUCAAAACGCGAUGCAGUACGAGAAAGUCAAGGGCUACUUCGAGGACUCGAAGAAGAAUGGCUACAAGUUCGCUGUCGGCGCCGACACCGUGGCGACCAGCGAAGGGUACUUCGUCCAACCCACCAUCAUCGACAACCCGCCCGCGGAUUCCCGUAUCCAUAACGAGGAGCCGUUCGGCCCGAUCGUCCCGACCCAGCCAUGGACCGACGAGGAAGAGGUUAUCGCUCGUGCCAACAACACGAACACCGGCCUCGGCGCUUGCGUCUGGGGGAAGGAUGUCGCUCAUGCCGAGAACAUCGGCAGGCGCCUGGAGGCGGGGAGCGUGUUCAUCAACUCGUCCGAGAAGCCGACGCCGCUAGCGUUCUUCUCCGGCCAUAAGGAGUCGGGCCUUGGCGGUGAAUUUGGCGCCGCUGGUCUCCUUCCAUACUGCAACGCCCAUGUGAUGCACGUAUACAAGUAGGGGCUGCAACUCGCAACGAUGAAGACGAGACAAUAGCAAGAUGGCUCUUAAUGACAGGGAAUAGCUCUUCUACUGUAUAUUUCCAUAAGGAACCAAAGAACUAUGAUUCGCCACGACGACGCUCACACGCUUGAUCAACCGUGAUAUCUGACAUUAGCUGGCUCUGAGUUUUAAGGAACCUGACCCCCAAUAUCAGCGUAUGCUUGGCCACCGAGGCACCGACCCUACACAGUGAUUCGAAUUAUAAAGGAUUGAUGCGGUGGGACAGGACGUCAAUCGAUGAGCGUAUUCAAGCAAGGUGACCCCGUCACGUUCAUCUGUGGUUGACUUAACGUGUUUACUCAUCUUUCAGAUGGAACGGGCCAUCCACAUGAGGCUGAUUGAUGUCGGCUUAUCCUGAACUCCCGCCUUAGUUACCGGCUUACCCAUUUUCCACCUCAUGUACCUAAUUGGGUUCCCAAGCUUUACCAGUUCGGGAUUGUAUUACUAGGAUG